AUGUUUCGUGUCUAUUUUGAUAUGAAGCCCGAUGAUAAAAAGCCCGAAACAAAUCACCUAACCCUAGUGCUUUUCUCACGCAUAAAUACCCCAUUCUAAUCACCUUCACUGUCAGCCACCACUUCCUCUUCUUUCUCCCCAGACGGAUAUUUGUUCGGAUUUAAAAAUUAGACUCUUCCUCUCUCUUGGGCAUCCAAUUAUGGACGACGUUUCAUCGAACUCUCUGAAGGUAUGUUUCAUUUUCUCUCGGUUAACAUUUUUAUUUUAUUAUGUAUUAUUUAUUUUUUAUUUUUUAUUUUUUUUGUGGAAGUCCAUAGAUCCAGAAUCUGCCGAUUACGCUUCUCAAGGACCUCAAGUUCAACAAUUGGGCCUUUUCCAAUGCCAAGGUGAUCAAGGCCAAUGUCUAGAACAAAUGAUUACAAAUGCUAUGAUUCAAAUAUCUCCUGCUAUUGCUCAAGCAAUUUUAGCAAAUUUAGCUGGAAAUCAGCAUGAUCCUGCCAUGUGCCUUUUCCGAGACCAAGGUCUGCAACACAUUGUUACAAAUGCUAUGUUUCAUAUAUCUCCUGCUAUUGCACAAGCAAUUUUAGCUGUUUUGACUCAGCAACAUCAGCAGUUUGCUCGAAAUCAGCAUGAUCCUGCCAUGGUCAAUGGUGGUGGUGGAGCUAAUCUAGACGGGUUUGUGAUGUCGAAUGAUCCAUUUAAGCACAUGUGGUAUGCACGUGGAGUGGAUGGUGCUCCUGGCCCAGAUUCAAAUGCCUUCCACGAUCUUGGGCUCUUUGGUGAUGGAUUUGAUGUCGUUUUUGAAAUUGCCCUGCGAAACUAUAACCUAGGCUCUUGUUUUGCUGAUGUGAGAAAGGGCAGUUAAACUUAAACAUUUCGUUUUGUUCCUUUAUAAGUUACUGUUACUUUAAUAUCUCGUCAGCUUUAGUUGUUUGUAAUGAAGACAAAUUCUACUUUUUUUAUUUAUUGAG